AAAAUUCCCUCAUCUAAUGGUUAGAGGACUUGUUAGAGGAAUAUUAUAAAGUGCAUUCCCAUGGCUGUUAUUACUACUAGUAUGUCGGCGGUGCUUCAUCCGCCAUAAAGUUGGUCUGAAAAGGUGUGUUGGGCAAAAUGAUGUUCUGCAUUCCACAUUAAGUAAGUGUCCACGCCUCUCUCGUGAGCGCAGGUGCAGGCGACUGGCACCCAGUGUGGUGGUAACACUCCGUUGAAAAAGGGCCUUUGCAGUGUGGAGGCACAACCAGGAGUUGUCACAUUAAUUCCCAGCCCCACAACAGGACCGCGACACCUGAGUCCGAGCUGACCCUACGCUCGACAGCGAGGACGCCUCUGUGGCGCAAAACUUGGGACUUGGCACAGGUUUGCUUCUCACGAUCACAGCUCUGUGCCACUUUGAAAUUGUGGUAAGAAGUUCCCCCCCGGUGCAAACUUUGGAAGUGUUUGAAAAAGAGGCAGCACAAUGGAUAUGGAUGAAGUGGACUACGAGUACCCAGAUUUUGACCCUGUACCCAACAGGAUUAAAAAAGAAGUAAUUCUUCCAUGUGACCCUACAGCAGAUGACAGGCUCUACCACAUAUGCAUCAGCGCAGUAUCUCUCGUUGUCAUGGUGAUCCUGGCAGUCUUAGCCAGACGCACAAAGGCCGGCAGCAGACAGAAAGGACUCCCAGGUUUACUCAGUCCGGUCAACUUCCUGGACCAUACUCAGCACAAGGGCCUGGCCGUGGCUGUGUUUGGAGUUCUCUUAUGCAAACUCUGCGGCCUGGUCAUAUUGCCAAACCCUCUCCCCUUCACGACAGAGGCAGAGAACAAACAGAACUGGAUGAUCCUGGGUGUCUUCUUCUACCCCUUACUUUACUACCCUCUCCUGGCAUGUGGUACCUUGCACAAUAAGGUGGGCUACGUUCUCGGUAGCCUUUUGUCAUGGACGCACUUUGGUGUCCUGGUUUGGCAGAAGAUCGACUGCCCCAAAACACCACAGAUACAUAAACACUACUCGCUGUUUUCCAGCCUACCCCAGAUAGCCUGCUUGGCAUUCCUUAGUUUCCAGUAUCCUCUUCUCCUCUUCAAGGGCUUGAAGGGCACUGAAAAGAAUAAUGUUACUGAGGAUCUCAACAGCAGCUACUACAACGACUAUGUGAAGAAACUGCUUAAGAAAAAGAAUCCCAUGAAAAUCGGCACAUCAAGCACUGAGACACCUAAGCUCCCUCAGCGAAUAAUUGAUGCUGUAAAAUCUUACAUUUAUACACCAGAGGAAGCUUUCCGAUUCCCUCUAAAGUUGGCCAUAUCUGGCGUGGUGUCAUUUAUCACACUCUAUCAGGUUGGCCUGCUGCUGAUCAUUGCCGUGGUGCCUUCACUGCAGACUGCCCGCAUGGGAGUCGAUGAAGAAAUUGCCAACGUUUUAGCCGGCUUCAAGAUUGUGCUCUCUCCAGAUAAACAUGAAGUGGUCAGAAUAGUGAUGUAUUACAUGUGGUGUGUAGAAGUGUGCUACAUCUCAGCGAUGACCCUGUCAGGCCUCGUCAACUUGGCAAUGUUCAUGAGGUCCAUGGUUCUCCAUCGGUCGAACCUGAAGGGGCUGUACAGGGGAGAUAUCUAUAAUGUUUAUAACUGCCAGAGAAGUAUUCGAGCUUCGCGGCCUGCCCUGGUCUGCUGGAUGGGAUACACCAGCUUCACGGCAGCUCACGUAUGCAUCGCCAUGCUCGUCCAGACCAUGGUGUUCUUCCUCUGUCUUCUCAUUGCUGUUUUCCUCAUUAUCAUGCCCAUCCUGCACCAGAAGAACCUGAUUCUGUUUCAGAUCCUGUGGAGCAUGUGGCCUUUUUGGCUGAUGAUCCUCAUGGCUGUGCUGACUCAGCAUAUAACUGCCAGGUUUUGUUUUAUCAAAAAGAUGACUGGAACACGAAACCUUGACAACAGGGGAAACCUCUUCCUGCUGACCUUCCUACUGUUUCCAGUCAAUGUUCUCAUCGGGGUGCUACUAUCAGUCUGGCGCAUGAUCAUCACAGCCCUGUUCAACAUAGUUCACAUGGGGCGCAUGGACAUCAGCCUUCUGAACAGAAACGUGGAAGCAUUUGAUCCAGCCUACCGCUGUUACGCUCAUUAUCUGAAAAUUGAGGUGAGCCAGUCCCACCCUGUGAUGAAGGCUUUCUGCGGGAUGCUGCUGCAGUCUGCGGGUCAGAAGAACAAUGUCGUGCCGAGGUCACAGGAUGCUGAAGAGGGGAUUCAGCUGGUCCAACAGCAGAAAAAACACCUGAAGGUUUCCAGUACCAAGCGAGCCCGAGGCCACUGGCAGCUCCUUUACACGCUGGUCAACAACCCCUCCCUGGUGGGCACCAGGAAGCACUUCCAGCAGCGUGUGGCGGCCGAGAUUCUGAACGGGAGCCUGAAGGGCAGCACCAAAGAAGGCAGCAGGAAGGAAGCUGAGGCGGCCGCCUGCAACUGAAUAUGAGCCCCUAUAGGAGGAUUGUCUUGAAUGAAUGAUAACGGUCCUGUUAUUUUUCCACUCCUUAUGUAGAUGCACACUUAGAGCCCAGUGCCUCUGGUAGAGAUCUUCACCAAGUCCUGCCACAUCUCUGCUUUCUUCUGGGUGUCUUCCCCAAGGCCCUUAGGCACAUGGUCUCCAGCUGGUGGGAGGAGCUUGUGUGGGCAUCCAUACCUUCUUAAUGUGCAAUCCUCAACACCUAAAUACUGUACCACUUAUGUGCCUCUUAUCAAUACAGCCACAAUCAGUAUGUUGCAAAUGUGUACAUACGCAGACUAAAUGUGGAUUGUGGAUGGAUGUGCUUGGCAUUAUUUUUUAAAGAGGGUAUUUAUUGUACAACCUGACUAUUUAUGCAUUUAUUGAAUUAAGGGUUGUCAGUGCCCCCCCCCCCCCCCCCCUUUCCCCCAGUUACCUUUCAAUUGUGUGUGCGUGUGAUUAACAAUAGCGGGGCAAAUGAAACGUAUUAUAUUUGUAUUCUACAAACACUACCUGCCUUUGUUUUUUUUUGCAUUUAAACUAAAAUUGUAUGCGAACUCCUGAAUCAUAUUGCACUGGAAAUUUAAAAAAAAAAAGGCGAUAUUGUGAGAGUAAAAAAACAAAACAAUUCCAUGUUUAUCUUCCUUGAAAAAAAUGCAAAGCCAAAAUAAAAUAAGCCAUGCGAGUACAAAACCAUA